UUCCUCGCACAGCCGAUAGCUCGAUUGCUCUCGCCUCUCCCGUUGCUCGGAUCUCCGCCCUGCUGCCACCCAAACUCGGGCGAGGAAGGGCUGCUGCUGCCAUGCUGGACUUCGCUAUCUUCGCCGUCACUUUCCUGCUGGUCCUGGUGGGGGCCGUGCUUUACCUCUACCCGUCUUCCAGGCAGGCUUCAGGUAUCCCAGGGAUGACUCCGACGGAUGAAAAAGAUGGAAACCUCCCAGAUAUCAUCGCUAGCGGUAGCUUGCAUGAGUUCCAGGUGAAUCUCCAUGAGAGAUACGGCCCUGUGGUCUCUUUCUGGUUUGGACGGCGUCUGGUGAUUAGUCUUGGGUCUAUGGAUCUCCUCAAGCAGCACAUCAACCCCAACAAGACGUCGGAUCCCUUUGAAACGAUGCUGAAGUCCUUGUUGCGGUACCAGUCCGGCCUCGGCGGAGAUGCUGGCGAGAGCGUCUUGAGGAAGAAGCUCUAUGAAAACGGAGUGACCAAGUGUCUGCAGAACAACUUCUCAGCCAUUCAGAAGCUGUCAGAAGAGCUUCUUGCAAAAUGGCUGUCCUUCCCUGAAUCUCAGCAUGUGCCCCUCAGUCAGCACAUGCUUGGCUUUUCGAUGAAGGCCGUCACUCAAGCCGCAAUGGGCGGCAGGUUCGAGGAUGACCAGGAAGUGAUCCGGUUCCGUAAGAACCACGAUGCGAUCUGGUCAGAGAUUGGAAAGGGCUUCUUGGAUGGGUCCCUUGAUAAAAGCACGACUCGGAAAAAGCUGUAUGAAGACGCUCUGAUGGAGAUGGAGAUUGUCUUGAAGAAAGUCAUAAAAGAACGGCAGGGGAAGAAUCUCAGCCGAGACAUCUUCAUAGACGCUUUACUGCAGGGGAAGCUGAGCGACAAGCAGAUUUUGGAAGACACAAUGAUAUUCUCGCUGGCAGGGUCCAUAAUCACAGCUAAGUUGUGCACCUGGGCAGUUUAUUUCUUGACUACCUCAAAAGAAAUUCAGGAGAAGCUUUACAAGGAGAUGGACCAAGUUCUUGGAAAAGGUCCAGUUACACCUGUGAAAAUUGAGCAACUCAGAUAUUGCCGGCAGGUUCUGUGCGAGACGGUGAGGACAUCAAAACUGACACCAAUUGCGGCUCGGUUGCAAGAGCUGGAGGGCAGCGUUGACCAGCAUAUUAUUCCCAAAGAGACUCUCGUGCUGUAUGCGCUCGGUGUGGUGUUACAUGACAGCUCGACUUGGCCGUUGCCCUAUAAAUUUGAUCCAGAUAGAUUCAGUGACGACUCUGCCAUGAAAAACUUCUCCCUUCUGGGUUUCUCAGGGAGCCAGGAAUGCCCUGAACUGAGGUUUGCCUACACGGUAGCUACCAUCCUGCUGACCGUGAUCGUGAGGAAACUCCACUUGCAUGCUGUAGAAGGUCAAGUCGUGGAUACCAGAUAUGAGCUAGUCACCUCUCCGAAGGAGGAAGCCUGGAUAACUAUAUCCAAGAGAAACUGAGGCGAGCCGUGGAGUUUUAUUUCAAGAGUCCUAUUAGUGCCAUCCGCCGUCUUCCGUUAUCUCACUGUAAUAAUUUUUCGGCAUUCAUGGCCUAAAAUACUUCCCCUCUUCUUUAAUGAAAAUGGCCUAAGCUAGGGCUGCUGUAUGUGCAGAAUUUCCCAGACUUCACCAGAAUAUGGCAGUCAGAAACAGCAUCUGGGUGAAAAUCGCUGACAUGUCCGGGAAAAUCCAGGCGUAUGGCAAUCCAUGUCUAGAUUUUGGCGAAUUUCCUCUAAAACAGUUCAAAAACUUCUUUUCAUUUCUCAAUAAAAGCUCAACAACUGUUGGCAAAACUAAAAAAACAGCUCAAGAACUUUGCCCAUCAACCACUUUUGUGUCCGGAUUUUCACUUUUUGAAACAUGGCAACCGAAACACUGAAGAUAAUCAGGUUGCCUCUAACAAAACUGUAAUAUAAUCUGAAGGAUUGACAGAAGAGGAUAAUUUUAUAGAAUAGAUGUAUUGCAGACUAAGCUCCCACCACCGAAAGCUGGAAAUAAUUAAGACUUGCAAAAUAGCCACACAUUCUGUUUUAGAUGCUCUUAUGCUGUACACACCCAAUGUGCGUAUAGGUAGGUUGAGGUAAGGCAUUUUGUAUAUGCACCAUUAAGUUCUGGCAAACUUGUUUUUAUAUAUGAAGGAACACUUUUUAUUCUUACAGGGGCGGGAAUCACUUUUUCAGGACUGUGUCGUUGCAUGGGAAAACACAAUUUUUGGUGUAACGUUUGAUGAGUUCUAGCCUUAAAUUAAGCCUUGACUUAGCUACAAAAGACUGGCUGUUAAGAAGGUCAGCUUGGAGGCCAGAAGUCCGUUUUCAAUAAGUAUAACAUCGUAAAACCC